GGUUCAAUAAAAAUUGAACACCUUAGAACCGUGAAGUGCCUCUUUAUAGACACGUCCGGUCAAUUUUGCCUUCCUUUUAAAGAAAUAUAGACAAUUGUGUACAAAAGUCGUGAAAAUGUUCAAAAAGUUUUCGACGGUGGCGGCGAUCGCCUCUCUCGGCUACGUGUCCUGGCUAGGUGGAAAGGAAUCGGAAAGGAGGAAGGUCCUGAAGGAAAAGGACCUCUUGGACACCUGGGGGUCCCGCCUCGGGCUCGGCUCAUUCAGGGUUUCCGCCGCAACUCCUUUCAAGUCCAGCCCUACUAUAAUCACCCAAGACAAUCUGGGCCUGACGACGACAAACAGCCCGUACAGCGUAAGGGUUUUUGAUGACUUCAUGCUCGUGUACGACACCAGGAAUCGGAUACCAUUCUUAACAUUCGAACAUCUCACUAAGGACAACAUUAAGAGAGUUGGGGAAGUGACUCGUCAACGCUCUGAAUUUACCGAAGACUCAGAGAUCCACGAAUAUUUCAGGUCAAAAAAUUCCGACUAUUUCAAAAGCGGUUAUGACCGAGGGCACCUCGCAGCAGCUGGAAACCAUAUGAAAUCCCAGACGCAUUGCAACCAGACUUUCACCCUGUCCAACAUCGCUCCUCAAGUCGGCGUCGGUUUCAACAGGAACUCGUGGAACCGCUUGGAAAAAUACACAAGGCAUUUGGCAAGGAAAUACCCGAAUGUUUACGUCUGCACCGGGCCUCUUUUUAUUGAAAAAAGGGUCGAUGGGAAGAAAUACGUUAAGUACGAAGUCAUCGGAGAGAGCAAUGUUGCUGUUCCAACCCAUUUCUUCAAAGUCAUUUUAGUCGAGAAAGACGAUGGCACAUAUUCGCUACUGCCUUUCAUAAUGCCCAACGCACCUAUUGAUGACAAUAAGAAAUUGGAUGAAUUUAUAACGACAUUGGAAAAGAUACAAAAGCGAUCCGGAAUUAUGAUUUUUGAUGAAAUUAGUAAAAGUGGAAAGCUGAAAGAAAAAUCUAAUAGGCUCAUUUAGAAAAUUGUGCAAUUUUUUAAACUAAACUGAACAGUGGAGAGUUUUAUUAGUAUUGAAAUUAUUGGUUAAAAAAAAGAAGGUUAAAUUGCUAAUUAAAUUGUAAAUAUAUAUUAGAUAUGUUUAUAUUACAAUA